AAGUAUCAUGUUGAUUAUUGGUGUUGCCAUUUAUGAUUGGAAGUCCACGCAUUGACAUACGAUUUUGACACACGUCAGAUGUUUCUUUAAUUUGAUAUUAAAAGUCUAUUCUUAUGUGUUUUUUCUUCACCAAAUUAACAACACAUAAUUUCGAUUAUUAGGAAAAUGUCGUCUCCACCAGUAGAUCCGCGACGAGCAGAUAAAGUCAGGUCAUUCAAAUCUUCUCCCAAUAAUGGGCAAACUGAAGAUUUUUUACCAGAUUAUUUUAAUAUUCUGGGCAUGAUUUUUUCAAUGUGCGGUCUUAUGAUGAAGCUUAAAUGGUGUGCGUGGCUUGCGUUGUACUGUUCCUGUAUUUCGUUUGCAAAUUCAAGAGCUAGUGAUGAUGCAAAACAGGUUUUGUCAUCCUUCAUGUUGUCGGUCAGUGCAGUUGUUAUGUCGUAUAUGCAAAAUCCAGCACCAAUGACACCACCAUGGGCAGCCUAAUUUAAAGUAUUCGGCGUCAUCGUAUUAAUUAUAUAAGUCUUGAUGAAGAAAUGAUGGAAAGAGAAAUAAUACAAUUUAUACACUGGAUAUUCGUUAGUCGAAGAUUGUUUCUUUAUUGUGGAAAAUACAUUAAAUUGAUUUAUAAUAAUGAUUUAAAUAAAAAGAAUACGCGGAUACUGGUAACACAGCAAUACCUGAACGAUCUA